CUGGAUCUUGCAUAUUUCGGGUCCGACUUUUGCGGUUGGCAAAGACAAGCACAGUCGAAGAAGCCUUCGGUACAAAAAAUUGUGGAGGAUGCAAUGCAGGAUGCCUUGGGUUAUGCGGUGAACGUUCGCGUUGCCGGUCGUACCGACGCUGGUGUUCACGCUCUCGGUCAAAUCGGGCGAGUCCGAACU